AUGUUGAAGCUCUGGAAGAGGCGUCCCAGUGCCUCACCCUUCUCCAGCCCAGCCUCGUCCCGCUCACAGACACCAGAGAGUCCAGAAAAGAAAAUGAGAGAAGAGGACGGUCCUCAGGGAUCUGACUCUUCUGCUCCGCCAGUAAACAAGGAGUCCCAGGGAGAACAGGAUACAACGACAUGUAGGGAGCAGAACUCCUGGGAUUCUCCACCUACACCCAGCAGCUCCCAGCCACGCAGACGCAAGUUUCCCCUGGUGCCCUCCAGGCAAGGGAUCCCGCUGAUCUUGCCUCGAGCUGCCUGGAUUGGCUGCUCAAUCAAGGUCGAAGAGUAUUACCAGGAGAAGCAAGCUCAGUCACAGUGGCUGAAGAGGAUCUUCGAGGAUAAGACUGGCCCCACCCUGAAGCCCAGUGUUCUUUUUGGAAUGCUGAGCAGACCACCUGCUAACCCUUCUGCCUCGGCAGCUCCUGCUGUGUCGUCAGCACAUCCCAUGUUCAAGCCCAUCUUUGUGGCUCCAUCUAAAAGUGGGAAGGAGGGUCCUGUGCCAUCCAGCCAUUCCCAAGUCACAACAGAGGCAUCUUCCAGCUCUGCCCACACCCUGAUUACCAGCCGACUGCCCCUCACUUUCAGUCCUGUUUUUAGCAGCACCGGGCUACCUACAUCUUUGCCCUUGUCAACUCCUUCCUCCUUCAGUCAGACAACUACUUCAGGCACUAGCAUGAAUACCCCUCUGUUCCCUGGCCCAGCCAGUGUCAGUGUCCCGUCAGGAGCGGCUUGGGGGACCACCACCGGCACAGCCGCAGACUCCGCCCGGAAGCCUGUAUUUGGCUUUGGCGUGAGCAGAGUGACCAGCACUGUGAGCAGCAUGACCAGCCCCACUGCUUCCACUGCCCAGCCUGUCCUCUUUGGGUCCCCCCUUGCCUCUGUUUCCAGCUGCCCAGCCAUGGGCUCCAUACUCCAGUUUGGCACUCUGGCCACGCCUGCUCCAACAACAGCCGUCACCUUCAGCCAGUCCCUGCCCGGCGCCAUCCAGACAGCUGCUGGCAGUAGCACCACCAGUUUCGGUGGCUUCAGUGGCACCCUCAUGACCUCCGCCCCCAUCGCCCCGAGCCAGCCUGCACUGACAUUUAGCAGCACUACCACCCCAGCCUUCAACAUUCCCUUUAGUUCUGGCACCAGGCCCCCCGUCCCAUCCUAUCCUGGAGUCACCCCACAGCGCACGUUCCAAGUCACUGACAGACAGGAUGUGGACUGCCAGCCAGCACUGGCCCCCAGCUUUGGCAGCUCCUUUCCUUUUGGAAGCUCAGCAGCCCUGGCCCCACCCCAGCCAGCCUUUGGCAGGACUGUGUGGUCAGGUUUUCGUGGGUUCAAACCCGCAGCCUCUCUUUUUGGCACAAUCUCCAGCACUUAGCCGACUUUUGGCAGUACCACAGCUGUUUCCUCCAAUUUUUUUAUUUUGUGUGAUGAGUGA